AUGAAGAAGGCAAACAGCAUUCAUCUGGAUAAACUCAUUGAAGACUUUAAUAUGUUAGAAAAGAAAGCUUUAGAACUUGAGGGAAAGAAUAAUUUGCUGGAUAUAAAGCUUGAAGAAACCAGCAAUCUUUUGAAAUUUGGCCAGAAUAAAGAAUUAUCUUUGAAGAACGAAUGUGCUAGUCUUCAGGCAACAGUAAAAGUACUUCAGGAUAUAAUACAAAGUCAACUUGACUUCCGAGAUGAAAAUGAACAGUUAAGGAAACAAAUUCAGAAUUUUGAAAUGCAAAAAAGAAGCAGUGAACAGGAGUACAGGAACAAAGAAGAACAGCUUCAAAUAAAUCUGAUGGUCAUUCUUAAAGAUCAUGAAACUAAACUUGAAGAGGUUCAAAAUGACAUGAAAGAGAAAUUUAGCAAAUGCUAUUCAGUGUCUUAUUUUGGUUUAUCAAUGUUUAAUCAGAUAACCCCACAGAUGAAAUCAAAACUUCAGUUUCUGCAAGAGGAGAAGAACAAGGAGAUUGAAAUAUUGUGCCAAAAAAUAAAAGAAUUAGAAGACCAGCACUGUAGUUCAAAUAAUCAUUAUCAGAAGCGCAAAAUGUUUAAAUAA